CAAUCGAUUAAUAUCAAAACCACCAAACGAAAACAUCAAAAGCUCAUAGUAAUAUCAAAAGAUCCUAAUUAUCUUCCUUUUUUAUACUACUAUGCUUCUUCAUCAAAUUGGCCUUUAUUUUAUUCUCUUUUUGGCAGCAUCAAUUGACCUUUCUGGGCUAUAAAAUCAUUAAAGUUCCCAUCUUUUUAGCUUACUAUUUUAAAUAAGCAUAAAAUUUCUCCAAUGGCAGACCACCCAGCUGCAGCAUCAAACCCAGAAGAUCAUCAUCCAAAGGAGGUGAAAUCUCCUAAUUUCAUACAAAGAGCAAAGGAAGAGAUUGAAGCACUAUUUCAUCAUAAAUCACCACGCCAUCACAAGGAAACUCACGGCACAAGUGGUAAAAUUGAUGAAAAAACACCUGUUAAUGAAGUCAAAGCGCCAAAUGUGUUUGAACGUGUAAAAGAAGAAGUCGAGGCUGUCACUGAAGCAGCCCAUCAUAAGUCACCACACCAUCAUCACGAAACUCAUGGAACAAGUAGUGAUAUUGAUGAGUUUACAUCUGUUGAUGAAAUCAAAGCGCCAAACGUGUUUGAACGUGUAAAAGAAGAAGUCGAGGCCAUCGUUGGAGCUGUUCAUCAAAAAAAGGAUUCUAGAGAUCUCAAAUAAGUGAACAACUUUUAAGUUGGUGCCACAAAUAUGUUUGAUUCAGUUGGAUCCUCGCUUCACACCAGGAUUCAGAUUCAGAGGACGAGUGUAAAUCUUUUGGAUCUUAUCUGUUUGAUUCAUAUAUUCGAACACCAAAGAUUAGAUUGCUUGAGUUGACUGUUUAUUUGUGUAAAUUUAAACUUCUAUUCUGGAAAAACAGAGGACUGGGUAUCUUGAGAGUUUGGUUUAUAAUUUAUCGAAAUAAUGUUGUACCGAAUCCAUUGGUUUCAUCAUAGAAAUCUCAGAAAAACUCUUGAAUCCUUACGGAAACGAAAGUUACCAAUGUGCA